CCCAACAUCACCCCCUUCCUCCUCCUCCUCCUCGACACCCAUGUCGUCCCUCGAGAGCAGGUCCGACAGCUUCGACGUGGGUACAUCCUACCAGAUCCUCGACGUCAUCGGAGAGGGUGCUUAUGGCGUCGUCUGCUCGGCCGUCCAUAUCCCCACCCAGCGCAAAGUAGCAAUCAAGCGCAUCACCCCUUUCGACCACUCCAUGUUCUGUCUCCGCACCCUCCGCGAGAUCAAGCUCCUCCGUCACUUCCGUCACGAGAACAUCAUAUCCAUCCUCGAAAUCCUCCAGCCACCUAGCUAUGAACAGUUCAAACAAGUCUACCUCGUCCAGGAGCUCAUGGAGACAGAUCUACAUCGCGUCAUCCGCACACAGAAACUCAGCGACGACCACUGCCAAUACUUCAUUUACCAGACCCUCCGCGCACUCAAAGCCCUCCAUUCAGCAGAUGUUCUCCACCGUGAUCUCAAGCCAUCAAACCUACUGCUCAACGCCAACUGCGACUUAAAGGUCUGUGACUUUGGCCUCGCCCGUUCGGCACGCCCACCUCCAAACGUCGCCAACGAUAGCAGUACAUUCAUGACAGAAUAUGUCGCUACCAGGUGGUACCGAGCACCGGAAGUCAUGCUCACCUUCAAGGAGUAUACGCGCGCCAUCGACCUCUGGAGCGUUGGGUGUGUUCUGGCAGAGAUGCUCAGCGGCAAGCCUCUCUUCCCUGGUCGUGACUACCACGACCAGCUCUCGAUUAUCCUAGACAUCCUCGGCACGCCCUCGAUAGACGAUUUCUACGACAUAUCCUCGCCCCGAUCACGCGAAUAUAUUCGUGCCCUCCCUUUCCGUAGAAAGCGCCCAUUCUCGACGCUCUUCCCAGAGGCGAAUCCACAGGCAAUCGACUUCCUGGAGAAGUGCCUGACAUUCAGCCCUAAACGGAGAAUAACGGUUGUAGAAGCACUCCAGCAUCCAUACUUUGAGCCGUAUCACGAUCCCGACGACGAGCCUGGAGCGGACCCAAUUGACCCGUCAUUCUUCGACUUUGACAACGGGACGCCACUGGAGACGGAGGAGCUCAAGGGUCUGAUCUACGAGGAAGUGAGGAGGGUUGUGGACGUUCCAAUGGAAGAAUAAUUGAAAGCUCUGGAAGCUCAAUGUAUUAAUAUAGGUUACCUAGCUGCAUCAUCGGAUAUAGAUUUUACGGAUACUAGUGGAGUGACCUUGGACUAAUAGACGGAACGCGGGGAAUUGUUCCAUAUCUGUAACCCCGUUUCUACUCUUGUCCUCCACUCCGUCCUCGCGACAAUGACACU